AUGUUCGGUAUUCUGGUAGCACUGUCCGCUUUUGCAUGCCUCGUGGUCCGACUCGUUGCCUGGCCAGGUUUGGUCUUCCUCUAUGACGCCAAAGGCCUUCGCAAGUAUCCCAAACUCCACUGGCUCUCGGGUGUGACCAAUAUCCCUUUCAUGGUUGAGUCAAGACGUGGAUUUCGCUCGCAACGACUCCUCCAACUUCAUCAUCAUCAGGGCCACCCUGUCAUUCGUAUCGGUCCGAACUCCCUGUCAUAUGGCGGCGUGGACGCAAUUGCAUCCAUAUACGGCCACAGCACACAGACAACAAAAGAUCGUCAGUAUAUAGAGGCAUCUGGCUCACACUAUCACCUGGCCGAUGUUGUCGACAAGAAAGAGCACGCUCGCAAGCGCAAAGUACUGUCAGCCGCUUUUGCGGCGAAAAACCUCGAGGGCUGGGAGUACAAGAUUGCGGCCAACGUCGCCCGCCUGCAGCACCAAUUUGACCGGCACAUUCAACAACACCCCGGCGACCCCAUAGACUAUCGGUUAUGGACGAACCUCUUUACAUUUGAAAACUUGUGUGAUCUGUGCGUCAGUGAGCGGCCCGGCUGUCUUGAUCGCGGCGAUGACAUGGUCCUGGCCGAGGACCUUGCUGGCCACCAAGAACUUGUCUCCUUUCGGGAUUGUUUGUACGCCACAUUCCACGUAGUUGGUGACCUUGUUUGGGCCUAUGAGUGGUAUCCAUUCCUAGUUCGUCUUUCUGGCUGGCUGAGUCCCUUUUAUUCACGCCUAUUUCGCCUAGCAAGUGGGUGGGGAAACAUUAUCCAGCACUUGUCACGCAAAAGAUGGGAGCGAUACGAGCGUGGGGAGAAGAUUGACGAUAUCUUCGCGGCCCUAAUGGAUGACCCAAGCGGCGAGCCACACAAUCUAGAAUGGGGCGAGGUCAUGGCAGAGAUAUCACUGGCUAUCAGUGGAUCAUCAUCGACGUCCAAUUCAAUUGCUAGCACGAUGAUUCUUCUGGUCGAGCACCCGAGGGUGAUGCAGCGGCUUCAGGAGGAAGUAGACGCUGUUCUAAGCCUUGGGCCCAAUGAUAUGGUCGCUUCCUACGACUCGGUCAAGUAUCUGCCGUAUUUACGUGCUGUACUUGAUGAGAGUCUGCGACUAUUCCCUCCUAUAUCGCAUGGCCUUCCUCGCGAAACACCUUCGGAAGGAAUGGCAAUCCGCGAUGAAUGGGUAGCGGGUGGCACGACAGUGUCUAUUUCAGCAUUUGUCGCCCACCGUGACCCGGCAGUAUUCCCUGACCCUGAGGCAUUUGUCCCAGAGCGAUGGCUCGACGAAGCCGGAAAAGGGCUCCAAACUAGCUUCAUUGCGUUCUCAGCAGGCGCGCGAGGAUGCAUCGGGCGACCUAUUUCGUACCUCCAGGCCACAGUACUGUUGGCGAGCCUAGUCCAUCGCUAUGACUUCGAGAAGGUACAAGAUAACUGGCAGCCACAGCGACGCGAGACGAUGAACUUGAUUCUGGGGCAGGUGCCACUACAUAUUCGGCGAAGGUCCAUUCAUUGA